AAAGCUGCUUCCUUUAGAGAGAGCAAGAGGGAGCGAGAGGGAGGGAGAGAGGGAGCGAGAGCGAGGGAGUUCGAGCCAAAAUGGCCGACAGAGUCGCUGCUGGUUUCUGAACAUUUGAAAUAAAAACAAAAAAACAAACACAAAAUCAUUUUUGGAUCUUUUUUCAUUUCCAUUUCUACCUUGUAUGCCUCAACUCGCUGGAUUUAAGCACUGCUGCACUUUAUGAGAGAGAAGGAGCAAGAAAGGGAAGAACAGUUAAUGGAAGACAAGAAAAGGAAGAAAGAGGAUAAGAAAAAGAAGGAAUCUGCUCAGAAGGUCACAGAUCAAAAAACCAAAGUGCCCGAAGUGACGAAACCAAGUUUAAGCCAACCAGUGGCUGCCAGCCCAAUUGGCAACUCUCCAUCGCCACCAGUCAAUGGUGGCAACAAUGCCAAAAGGGUGGCAGUGCCGAACGGACAACCGCCAAGCGCCGCCCGCUACAUGCCUCGGGAGGUGCCGCCGCGAUUCCGUUGCCAGCAGGACCACAAAGUGUUACUGAAGCGUGGGCAGCCCCCUCCGCCAUCCUGUAUGCUGCUUGGGGGUGGAGCAGGGCCUCCUCCCCCAGCAGCACCAGGAGCAAACCCAAACAACGCACAACCAGUGACAGGAGCACUGCUGCAGGGCGACAGUGGGACUGCAACAGAUUCAGCGAUUGGAGGUGCUGCUGCUUCAAAUUAUGCAAAUUCCACUUGGGGUCCUGGAGCCUCCUCCAACAGCGGCACCAACGCCAACCCAACUCACAUCUGGGACAAGGUGAUUGUAGACGGGUCUGACAUGGAAGAGUGGCCUUGUAUUGCCAGCAAAGAUGCUGAGUCUUCUUCCGAAAACACCACCGAUAACAACAGUGCCUCGAACCCUGGCUUGGAGAAGAAUGCUCUGCCAGGAAGCACCACUAGUAACAAAGGAAAAGGAAGCCAGUGCCAGUCUGGAAGCGCUGGAAACGAAUGUAAUCUUGGGGCCUGGAAAUCUGAUCCCAAGGCUAAAUCUGUUCAAUCUUCCAACCCUGCUGCCGAGAGUAACAAUGGACUAGGUAAUUGGAGGAACUUGAGUGGACAAGAUAGAGUCAGUCCCGGUUCUGGCUUCAGCAACUUUAACCCAAAUAGCAACCCAUCUGCUUGGCCGGCACUGGUUCAAGAGGGCAAUUCUAGGAAAGGGACUUUGGAAUCUGAUAGUGGAAGCUCCAAUGCACAGAUUAGCACAGUAGGUCAGACCUCUAGGGAACAGCAGUCAAAGAUGGAAAAUGCGGGUGUUAACUUUGUCUCUGGCAGAGAACAGGCUCAAAUUCAUAACACUGAUGGACCAAAAAAUGGAAACACUAACUCCUUGAACUUAAGUUCACCAAACCCUAUGGAGAAUAAGGGAAUGCCCUUUGAAAUGGGCUUGGGGAACCCUUCCAGGAGCACUGACACCCCUUCACAAAGCACUGGAGAAAGAAAGACUGGGAGUGUUGGAUCUUGGGGUACAGCUAGGGGGUCUUCUGGAACUGACACAGUCUCUGGACAGAGCAAUUCUGGAAACCAUGGGAACAAUGGAAAGGAUAGAGAGGACUCCUGGAAAGGAGCUUCCGUUCAAAAACCUAAUGGGUCAAGAAGUGAUUCUUGGGAUAACAAUAACCGGUCUACGGGUGGUGGGUCUUGGAACUUUGGCCCUCAGCAUGCAAAUGAAAGCAAAUGGGGUGAAGGGAACAAAUUAACAUCUGGGGUCUCUCAGGGAGAAUGGAAACAGCUGUCUGGGUCUGAUGAACUGAAGAUUGGAGAAUGGAGUGGUCCAAACCAACCAAAUUCUAGCACUGGAGCAUGGGACAAUCAAAAAGGCCACCCUCUUCCUGAAAACCAAGGCAAUUCCCAGGCUCCCUGUUGGGGAAGAUCUUCCAGCUCUGCGGGAAGUGAGGUUGGAGGUCAAAGCACUGGAAGCAACCACAAAGCAGGAAGUAGUGACAGUCACAAUUCUGGACGCCGAUCAUAUAGGCCUACGCAUCCUGAUUGCCAGGCAGUCUUGCAGACUUUGCUGAGCAGGACUGAUUUGGACCCCCGAGUGCUUUCAAACACCGGCUGGGGCCAAACUCAAAUUAAGCAAGAUACCGUGUGGGAUAUUGAAGAGAUGCCACGGCCCGAGGGGAAGUCUGAUAAAGGAACUGAGGGGUGGGAGAGCUCUGCCACACAGACAAAGAACUCAGGGGGCUGGGGCGAUGUACCCAGCCAAAGCAAUCAAAUCAAGUCUGGAUGGGGUGAGCUCUCAACCCCAACGGAGUGGAAGGACCCCAAAAAUACUGGAGGAUGGAAUGACUAUAAGAACCCCAAUUCUUCUAAUUGGGGAGGAGGAAGACCAGAAGAAAAAUCGUCUUCCUCUUGGAAUGACAGCUCUAGUAAGGAUCAGGGGUGGGGUGGACGGCAACCUAAUCAAGGAUGGUCUUCUGGAAAGAACGGUUGGGGAGAGGAAGUUGACCAAACAAAAAACAGCAACUGGGAAAGUACAGGAAACAAGCCAGUGUCUGGUUGGGGUGAAGGUGGGCAGAAUGAGAUUGGAACUUGGGGUAAUGGUGCAAAUACAAGCGCUGCUUCAAAGGGUGGAUGGGAUGAUUGUAAAAGAACUUCAACAUGGAAUGAGACGGGUCGACAGCCCAACUCCUGGAACAAGCAGCAGCAGCAGCACCAGCAGCAACAGCAGGAGACUUCUGGUUCCUGGGGUCCCCCACCCCAAACUCCAAGUAAUGGCCGACCUCCAAACCCAAACUGGAACAGCGGACCACAGCCAGCUGCCCCCAAAGAGGAGGAGCCUAGUGGCUGGGAAGAACCUUCUCCACAGUCAAUCAGUCGAAAAAUGGAUAUUGAUGAUGGCACUUCAGCGUGGGGAGAUCCUAGCAGUUACAACUACAAGAAUGUGAACCUGUGGGACAAGAACUCACAAGGAGGACAGGCCCCACGGGAGCAGAGCCUGCCUACUCCAAUGACUAGCAAAUCACAAGCAUCAGUCUGGAGCAAAAGCACUCCACCUGCUCCAGAUAAUGGUACGUCCGCCUGGGGUGAGCCAAAUGAAACCAGUCCCGGGUGGGGUGAAGUAGAUGAUACAGGAGCAUCGACAACAGGCUGGGGGAAUGCACCUUCCAACGCCCCGAAUGCCAUGAAAUCUAGUUCUAAAUCUAUGCAAGAUGGCUGGGGAGAGAGUGAUGGGCCAGUGACAGGAACUCGUCAUUCCAGCUGGGAAGAGGAGGAGGAGGGAGGAGUCUGGAACACAGCAGGCUCUCAGGGAAGCAGUUCCUCCCACAACUCAACAAGCUGGGGGCAAGGAGGAAAGAAAACACAAAUGAAGUGCGCAUUAAAAGGAGGAAAUAGUGAUUCGUGGAUGAACCCAUUAUCCAAACAGUUUUCAAAUAUGGGCUUGCUAAGUCAAACUGAGGACAUUCCAGGCAGUAAGAUGGACUUGUCUGUAGGUGGUCUCCCAGAUAAGAAGUUUGAGGUAGAUAAACGAGCCAUGAAUCUCGGGGAUUUUAAUGACAUGAUGAGAAAGGAUCGAUCUGGGUUCCGUCCACCUAAUUCCAAAGACAUGGGAACCACAGAUAGCGGGCCUUAUUUUGAGAAGCUGACUUUGCCUUUCUCCAAUCAAGAUGGGUGCCUUGGGGAUGAGGCUCCCUGCUCUCCCUUCUCCCCUUCUCCCAGCUACAAGCUGUCUCCCUCUGGUUCCACACUAUCCAACGUCGGCCUUGGGGCAAUCGGCUCAGGGCUCAGUCCCCAAAACUUCGCUGCUAGACAAGGUGGCAAUCAUGGUUUGUUUGGAAACAGCACAGCACAAUCGAGGGGCAUGCACACACCAGUGCAGCCACUAAAUCCUUCCCCCAAUAUCCGGGCGCAAGUGCCUCCCCAAUUUCUUUCUCCCCAGGUUUCGGCCUCCAUGCUCAAACAGUUUCCCAACAGUGGCUUGAAUCCUGGUCUUUUCAAUAUGGGCCCGCAGCUUUCUCCGCAACAGAUUGCCAUGCUGAGCCAGCUUCCACAGAUUCCCCAGUUUCAAUUAGCAUGUCAGCUCCUCCUUCAGCAGCAGCAGCAGCAGCAGCUGUUACAGAGCCAGAGGAAGUUAUCUCAAGCUGUGCGACAACAGCAGGAGCAACAGAUUGCUCGUAUGGUGAGUGCCCUCCAACAGCAGCAGCAGAGGCAGCCUGGCAUGAAGCAUUCACCAUCCCACCCUGUGGGGCCUAAGCCACAUUUAGACAGCAUGGUACCCAAUCCUUUGAAUGUGGGUCUCUCAGAUUUACAGACCAAAGGGCAAAUACCUGGAUACGGUUCAGGCUUUGGCUCAAGUGGCAUGGAUUAUGGCAUGGUGGGAGGGAAAGAGGCUGGAACAGAAUCCCGCUUUAAGCAGUGGACUAUGAUGGAAGGGCUGCCCUCUGUGGCUUCACAAGAUGCCAAUAUGCACAAAAAUGGUGCAAUUGUGCCCCCUGGAAAGGCUCGCGGAGGAUCGCCCUACAACCAGUUCGACAUAAUUCAGGGCGACCCACUAGGUAGCCAUGCAGGCCCUGCUGGUGAUAGCUGGUUACCUGCCAAAUCUCCACCAACAAACAAGAUCGGAAGCAAAUCCAGCAACGCCAGCUGGCCUCCAGAAAUUCUGCCGUUCAAGAGAGCAGUAUUGUUCAGCACAAAGAUAAAUGAAGUGGUGCCCAAUCAAACUGAUAUCACAGCUGGAGAGUUCCAACCAGGAGUGCCAUGGAAAGGUAUACAAAACAUUGACCCUGAAUCUGACCCCUAUGUGACCCCUGGAAGUGUGCUGGGGGGGACAGCCACAUCUCCCAUUGUAGAUACUGACCACCAACUUCUGCGGGACAACACCACAGGGUCUAAUUCUUCCCUCAACACCUCGCUGCCUUCACCUGGUGCCUGGCCCUACAGUGCCUCUGACAAUUCCUUCACCAACGUUCAUAGCACUUCAGCAAAAUUCAGUGAUUACAAAUCAACAUGGUCCCCAGAUCCCAUAGGACACAAUCCCACUCAUCUCUCCAACAAGAUGUGGAAAAACCAUAUUUCCUCAAGGAACACUACAGGGCUGCCCCGCCCGCCUCCUGGCCUGACCAACCCCAAACCAUCAUCUCCAUGGAACAGCACAGCACCCCGAUCGGUCAGGGGCUGGGGGGCACAGGACUCACGGCUUGCCUCUGGUGAGAAGAAUCAACUGAUAGCACCAUUGAUCAGACCUGAGGAGUGUACGUUUUACAGCACUAAUGGUUUGGAGGAAAGAAAGUUGCAGUUGUCUGCAUCUACUUGGAGUGAUGGUGGCUCAGUUCGUCCUAGCUACUGGUUGGUUCUUCACAAUCUCACUCCACAGAUCGAUGGGUCAACCUUGAGGACGAUCUGCAUGCAGCAUGGCCCACUGCUGACAUUCCAUCUGAACCUGACCCAGGGCACCGCCCUUAUCCGAUACAACACCAAACAAGAGGCGGCCAAGGCCCAGACUGCACUGCACAUGUGUGUGUUGGGAAACACUACCAUCCUGGCUGAGUUUGCCACAGAUGAAGAGGUUAGUCGCUUUCUGGCACAAGCUCAGCCCCCUACACCUGCAGCAACCCCAAGUGCACCCACAGCAGGCUGGCAAUCCCUGGAGACGGGACAGAACCAGACAGACCCAGUUGGACCUGCUUUGAAUCUCUUUGGUGGGUCAACAGGGCUUGGGCAGUGGAGCAGUGGUGGCGGCGGCGGCAGCAGUGGGGGUGACCUCACUGGCGCUUCGUUGUGGGGGCCCCCAAACUAUUCUUCAAGCUUGUGGGGGGUCCCGAGCGUAGAGGAUCCACACAGAAUGGGCAGCCCUGCUCCCUUACUACCUGGAGACCUUCUGGGAGGAGGGUCGGAUUCAAUCUGAACUUAGAACUUUCAACUCUGACCUCGUGACCUUUUUUGGAACAGCAGCAGCACUAACUUGACCUUUUUGUUUUUUUCAACUUGCAAUAAAUACAUUUAUAAAAGGAAAAAAGAAAACGGGAGAGAGAAAAAAAGGUGGGUCAUUGACAGACUGUCUGAGCACAUAGUUGCCUCCCUUAUAUAACUUCAGUUUUUUCGUUUGGAAUAUGAAUCCAAAAAGAGAACAUAUCACUCUUGAAAUACUUGAAUCAUGAACGCCAACUUAGAAAGACAAUGUGAAGCAAGUACACAUACCAUUUAAAUUUAAACACAAAAAAUUAAAAAAAUUAGUUUCUAGUUUUUCACUUUUUCAUGUUAUACGGAAGUUGUUGCUAAGAAACAUAUAUACUGAAAAAAUAGCUUUUUAACUUUGUUUGCACUGGGUGUGUUUCCGUCCUUAGGUCUACCAUGUUGGGCUGGGGUAGGGGAGGGGUUCAAAUGAAAAAAGGGGUUGGGGGGGAGGGGAAGACUUGACGGAGCCUCACUUUAAAAACAAAAAAAUAACUAAAAAAAAAUUUAAAAAAUAAAAAACCCACAAAAAAAAACAAAACAGAAAAAAAAAAACCAACAAAACAAAACAAAAAAACCAACACUUUGUGAUUGGCUGGUUGAUAAGUACCAGUGUGUUCUGGCACAUGUAACUGCCCACGUGUGCUUGUUUCUGUGUGAGUGUGUGUGCACAUGUUUGUGUGUGUGCAUUUUUUUCUCUCUAUAUAUAAUCUUGAAACGCUGCAUUGCUGAUGGUCUACGGGCUGGCUGGCCAUCUGCAUGUCUUGAUUCUGAAAACAAGACAGGCAUGGUGGAGUCCCUGUGGCUGAAGCAGAAUCCAGUUGGGCUGGAUUAAAAUUUGUCAGUAGGUUUUUUUAAAUUCAUUUUAGCAGGGUGCUAUCUCAAGUCUGCAGAUCAUAUUGAGUGGGUAGUUGCUUCCUAGCCCUUGUUCUAACCCUGUGGUAGAGCAGAACACUGCCAUAUCCAAAGGAUUUGGUGAGAGGGGAGCCAAUGUUGUCUUUUGAGUAGCGGUGUAUUUAUUUAUUUAUGUCUGCAUGUGGGGGUUUUGUACUGAGUGAACCCUAGAAUGUUUGUUAUAUAAUGCAAGCCUUUUUUUUUUCUUCCAACGAGGGGAAAAGAGGAGGGAAGAAGACAUUGCCAUUUUUUGUGCGACUAAGACAAAUGUUAUUAUUCAGUCUCUCGCAAGCUUCAGUACCUUUUUUAAAAACGAGUGUUUCCUUUCUCCCCCAAACCUAAAUAGGCACCCAUACUCAUUCUUGAAGAAUCUGUCAAAAGCUUGAAAGUCCAGCCCAACCAAAUUAGCCUUCUGAUUGAUUUACUGCUUGUAUUAAAACUGACAAAAAACGAAAUCGUGUCAGCAAAUUGCUGGCCGGCCUGCCUCAUCUCCUGAAAGCACAUGCAGCGAACUCCUUUCUGCGUCCUUCAUGGUGAGCGUUACCUGUGCCAGGCCUUGGUGUAUUACAGCGCCAGACCAUCACUGACAGAAACGUUUACUUACGAAUGUUCUUAAACCAGUGUGUACUUCAAACGUUUCCUUUUGUUUCUCUGUGUUGUGUUUUUUCCUGUGUACGUGGUUUUGCUUAGGGAGGUAUAUAACUAGCAAAGACUUUUUUUUUUUUUAAAGUAUUGCACCUUUUUGUUUUUUGUUUUUACUUUCUCUGUACUGUUGCUUUUUAAUUUCUGUAUUUAAGGAAAGGUUUGGGGUUUUUUUAGCAUCAGUGUAGUAGUAAUCUGGGCAGGAUAGGGGUGACCUAAAAUCCACAGUGAUAGCCAGUGUGUGCGUGCAUGUGUGCGCUGGGAACAAAACUUUUAAGACCUGUUGUUGUGAAAAGAGUUGUAGCAGACCUGAAGGAACGUCCCUUGACACGAAGCGGGAAGUCUUUUGGGGGGGUGGGGCCGGGAGAAGAGGGAAGAGAGAUGCCGGUACUUUUUCCAUAAGUGCUAGGACUUCCAUGUGGUGUUGUCUAGCUGUUAUACUGUCUAUAAAGUGCCGACAUUCUGUACCAGCACAUACCUGUCCAUUCCAGCCCUCAGCGGGAGCAGUGCUCGGGCUUUAUUACCUGGGGGGGGGAGGAUAGGGGAGUCUCGUCUCUUCAGCAUUUUCAUUGAAGGAUAUGACAAUGUCUAAUACAUUUAACUCUAACCAUGGGUUGGGUGGGGAGAAGCAAAAGCAGAUUCAAGUAAUGUAGGGGCACGCGUUUGUGUGCGUGUGUGUGUGUCUGUGCGUGCUGGGGGUGGGAGGGAAGGGCUAGGGAGUUGCGUGGCUUUUUUUAAUUCGCCCUUUCUAUGUAAACCCAAUGUCACAAGGAAGACUGACUGAGGGAAAUGCUGCAUAUACACAUGCCUGUAGAUUUGUAUGCAAAGUGUUAUGUGACAAAAAGUACGAGUAGGUUUGUAUUUGUUUAGUAAACUGGAGUGUGCAGCAUACUCUGGCCCCUUCUGAAUAUACUUUUCUAUCAUGUCUCCUCCUUCAUCCAUCCCACCGUGCACAAAGAAACAAAAUGCUCUCUUCCAGCUCCUGCUAGCUAGUGCCCCUCGCGUGCACACAUCCAUAAAGCUUUGUUUCUGCUAGUCUCUGCUCGAAGACCGGCUGUGCUCGGACACGCAGAGCAGGUUCUUCAAAGUCCUGUGCCAGCAGUACUUCCUAGCGAAGCACCUUUGGCCCGAGUAAGGCAGUAUCUGUUCUGUCACAUGAAUUGCUAUACGUGCUGGUUCAUUGCUGUGUUCCACCCUCACUUCUCUCUCCCAACCUGCCCUAAGGUCCCUUUUCCUGCACUUUGGGCUAGUUGAGUUCAUUGCGAUACUACGGUGAAAGCCGGGUGCUAGAGCCCCUCUUGUUUACAAGACAUAAUGAGGGAUUUGAAAUAUUUAAAAAGAAAAGCUAAAUUGUUCUUCCAUUGUAAGCUUAAAGGGAAAAAAAUUAAAACGUACAAAAAAAAGACCAAAAAGUGCAUAUAUAUAUUUUAGAUGAAGACUAACUCUGGGAGCAUUUAACAGUGUUUUUGUUUUUAUUUUAACAUUUUAUUUUCCUGCUUUAAAUUUGCAAGCAUUCUCAGGAAUUCUAGGGUAGGAAGCCAGUUUUUUGAAGAUGGUUUAUUUAACCUUAUCUUAUCCUAGAUAGAUGGCUGUUUCUUGUUGAUAAACUUUUACAAGUUCCUGAAUCUUCAAAAUGUUUGAAAGUUUUUACUUUAAAAUAAAAAUGCUAAAAAAAAAAAUAAAAAGAAAAAGAAAAAAAGAAAAAAUCUCCAAACGUUACUGUCAAGCGGGGGAUCAAGAAUUAUAAAGACUGUAUAAAUUAAAAUACAGUAAGAAGACUUCUCAAUAUCAGCAACAGAAAUUCAUUGUAAUGUUGAACAAGUUGUGGGAGAAGAGGGGUUAUCAUUUAUAGUGCUUUGUUACUCAUGCAGACAUGUGUGCAGUUGCAUGGAGAAGAGAAGUGUGUGAAUGGAAAUCUAUCACUUUGUUCCCUCUCGAUUGAAAUGAAACGUAAAUAUUCUUCCAAGCACCUUUUUAAAAGCAAAGUGAAACUAUAAACCUAAUUAAAAUGCAGUAUAGUUUAACUGAAAGAGUCUUCAGUUAGGAGGACUGGCAGGAAAUACAUGAUGGUGCUUCUUUAAACCACUUCUAAGUAGUGCUAAAGAAAACCAGUACUGACAGAAUACCCAAUAAUGAAGCAGGUUUAUUAUCCUGCCUUUUUCAGUACAGAAAAAGGAGAGAAUAUGGAAAAACUCCAGUAAAAUGUACAUUAGAAAUCAACUUUCCUGUUUUCAGCUCUUUGGUCAAUUUAUUCCCCACUUGGAGAUUUGCUGCUUGCUUUUCUUCACCCACCCCACCUCCCAGUCUUUCUGUUCUACUUUAUAUGAGGAAAAUAUCUGUUAAACUCUUCUGUUCACCCUAUUGCUGCUGGCUGUCAGGGCUUACAGUCUUGAACUUCAGAGUUCAGUGUUGGGACAGCCAACUACUGUCUCCCAGCUCUAAGGGUCAGGGGCUUACUCCGCCUGAAAUGGCUAGGCUCAAACCACAAAAACCGCGCUAGUGCCUUUUUACAUGCACCCACAUGCCCUACAGUAGGGGAAGGGAGGGAAGAGGAGGCAAAGUGAGGCAGUUCAGCCGCUUCAUGGAAAUAGAUGUACCUGUUCUUAAGGAAAAAGAGCAUGCUGCGUAACGUGCAAUGAGUUACAUAACGAUAGUUGAGAUAACUUUUUAUUAUCUGAAGAAAAAAAAAAAUCAGAUGCCAAAUUCCUGUCCUUUUCAUAUCAGUUGCCCAGUGUUUUCAUGUUGCGCUGCGUGUACAUCUGAGUGUAUACGUGUGUGUUGAAAAUAAUGCAUCAAUAAUAAUAAGAAUGUGCUUUAGGAAAAAAAAAAAUCUUUUCAUGGGCCAGUAGAAGGAGGGUUUAUUUAGGGAGUUUGGGAUUUUGUUUUUUUAUUUUACAGAGGGAAUUUCUGAGUGCUUUGCCAGAGGCUGUGUUUUAUCAAAUCGGCAGUGUCCUAAAAGAGAGGAAAUCGUAGAAUUUAGUCAAAAAUUGCCCAGGAACUUGACAGUCACUUGGAAGCGGGUUGUUCCUGAUUGCUGAAGGGUCGGUGGUCUGGAGCAUCAGCAGUCUGCUUGGUCCAAACCUGUUGUACUACAACAGUGCAACAGUCUGCUCCUCCUUUCUCUAAACGUGCAGGCCUGCAAAUGUUAGUGACUGUCUCCUUGGUGAUAGUUUUCCUAAAUUGUUAAAGUGACAUUAAUCUUACUACUUUCCAACUGCCGUUGACAGUUCUGUUCCUCUCCAAAUCACACAUAGCUAAUGAUGAUGUUGCUGGUAUGGCUUAGUCAUGGCACUCCUAACCAUUGCAAGCAAUUUCUGAGCACUGCGCUAACCAGACUCAUCUUCUGGGGACAACCAUCGCGUAAUGUUGUAAAUAUUCUGCUGCCAUUUGAGCUCACAGUCGCGAAAAGUUAGCGGAAAUUGAUGUUAGAGUACUUCUGGGGCUUUACAAAACUGCUCCGGGGAGGGAAUUGGUGGUAGCAUCUUGUUUAAACGUAUUGACAAAGAAGGUAGGGAAGAGAGGCUGCGGAAAGCAGAGCUUGGAAUAGACUAUGGGCAUCUCUUUCCAGAGAAAAAUCAAAUGUAACAUCUUUCACUGAAAAACACUUUUUACUUUCUCAAGUGACAAACAGAACUCUUUUAUCAUUUUGUUCUUGGUUUUAGUUCUCCAGGUUAUACAAUUUAAACAUAUACAUACUUUACAGGUGGUUUCAGCAUUCCUGGUUUUUUUCCUGGUGUUGAAUCCUUCAGUGCUUAAUCUGUAAAAAACAAACAUGUUAGCAGUGUCCAUUUGUUACCAGCCACUUUGCUUACCCCACUCUGCAGUGUGUAUCAAGUUGAGAAUUUUUUAAUGGGUUUGGUAAUUCUUUGCUCCAUUUGAGUAUUUCAUUUUAGCAGUGACAACAAAGUCUAGCAAGCAAAAAAAAGGGGGGGGAGUACAGCUCAGAAACCUGUGUUGAGACCUCUGACAUUUACUUUGGAAAGCAGUUUUAGUACCAUGUAUUUUGGAAGACUUGCCAUCUUCUCCCAGUGUUUUUACACUUUUACCUGGACACUUGCCCAGCAGUCUUGAGAGUGGGUUUUUUUGUUGGUUUGGGGUUUUCUUCCAAUCACAGGGUGUCAGGUUUUUCUUACAAGUUUUUUAUUUUGAUUCAUGUUAAGUGGCUUGUGUAAUGAGCAAGAAUAUUAAGCCAAGUGUGUUUUUCCUCUGCAAUAUAAACAGGAUGUUUUCAACAAAGCGGCUGGGAUAACCACCUCAAAGAUUAAAUAACAAUUGAACCUUUAUAUUAAGUUGGCCUUUUUUUUUUUUUUUUUUUUUUUUUUUGGCCAUGAGAUUUCUAAACAUUUAUUCCUUAAAACUUUUCCCCUAUUCUUUCUUCUUAAAAAUGCUGCCACAUCUUCCACUGUGUCUUAGUAGUGCAUCCAAACAGUACUAUAGGGGUGGGGGUUUUUUGGGGUUGGUUCGGUUUUUUUGCUUCAUUCUUUAUUACAUAUACCUGUUAGGCUUCUAAUUUUGUUUGUGCAUAUUGUUCUCCUUUUGACUUUAAGAGGAGUACUGUUUGUGUAUCUGAGAUACCCAAAUUUGGCCAAAUCUGGUGCAGGAAAUUGGGAGUGAUCCUCACAUGAAUUAGUCCCUGAACUGACCUUAAAUGAGUGAGUACUGCUCGGAUAAGGGCUCUUCGUGUAAGUAAGCCUUAGCUGGAUCAGGGCCGAGGUAGCAGAUGAGGACCUGUUGUAUUUCCAAUGCAGCAAGUAUCUGUGUUGCAUAUAUCACAUACACUGUAAAUCAUGUGACUUUAGUAUCCAGGUUUCUCAAGUGGGUUGAAAUGCUGGUUUUGUGGUGGAUGGUUAGCAUCUCAGGGUAUGAGUCCUGAUUGAGUAAAAGGUAGUUUUUUCUCUCUAAAGAGGUAAGGUUCCCCUAGCAGAAGCAGCUUUCUUAAUUGUAAAUAUGCAUGCAUGUAUUUGUGGGCAGGAAAGUAAUGCCAAGAAAACUAAGUUGAAAUGAAUUCUUGAAAAAAAAAAAAAACAAAAAAACAAAUGCUGUUGAAGUGCAACUUUGGUCCUGAGUCUGAAACAACAUAUGCAGAAUCUGUUAGUUUGUUUAAAUCGAUUUUGCACAAAAUACUGUUUCCGUUCUGUAGUUUAUUUUCUACUAUUUUGCAAUGUUAGGAACUGAUACUGUUAGUUAGAUCGUAUCAGUCAUUCCUGUGGUGAUCAAAAUACAGAUGUCUAAAACCCAAACUCUCUUCCUUCACCUCCAGUAGUAGGCUUCCACCUGCGGCAGAAGGAUGUUAACAGUAAUGGGGAGAAAUAUGUAAAAUUCCCUGAUGUAGACAGAGUCAGUUUUCCCUGUUGUCGUGAAUUCACAUCCAAACCUAAGACACAAAGCAAAAAUUACGCUGGAGCAGAGUUUUUGGUUGGGCUAAAUGACAGGAGCCUAACUGGAGAUUUUUAGCAGCCUUGCUAGUUCAUGUCCCUCACAGUGUUUUGCGUAAGUGUCCCAUCACUGUAAAUACCAGUGUUGCUGAAUUUUACCAAAGUUCCCCUGCAGUAGAUAAUAGGAAACAGGUCCAUUUUGUAAUGACUCGCCAAGCAGAGCUUUGUCUACAGUAGAAUUCAAGGGUCUGUCUACAUUGCUGUUAAAAUGAGUCAGGGUCCUGUUUAAAAUAUAGCUCUCUAUUUUGUGGUGUUAUGUGAGACUUUAAACUUUGUGGUGUAGUAACUAUAGCUUCUAAUCCUUAUAUGAAAAGUGAUUUAAGGUUUCAUCUGUGCUACAAAAAGCGCCACGGCUCCUGAUGGUUUGGAGCCUAUUUUUAAAACUAUUGUCAGGCCAAGAUAGAUGCAGCUUCAUCUGUGGCACGCAGCAGACAGCGUCCGUUUGCAUCCACGGUUUGCGUGCGUGUUGCUUUUCAUCGAGCUAUGCAGGAAGGUUUUUCCCUAAAAGUCUCCCAGAAUCCUGUGCUAUCUAAGCAAGCUUCUAGCAAAUCAAGUGCCCUCUGCAAAGAGCCAUUUUUGCCCUGUACGUGUGACAGUUGGGACUGGUGACAUUCAGCAGUGUUAGGGCUCCUGUUAACUUUGUAGUGAGAAAGGGAGUUCUUUUGACUUGACUCUGACAGCCUUUCUGUAAAUGAAUACAGAGCACUCCAGGGGAAAAGAAAAAAAAAAGGGGGGAAGGAUGCAUUGUGCCAGCCAGCGUUAAGUAUUUUUGCAGCAAACAUUCUUGACUGUGGUGGGCAGAGGGGAAGAGAAGAGACUGGAGAAGUUUGCAUGGAUGCGCAAUACAAGGAGGCAGUGCUUAGCAAGAAAUGUUUCCUUGAGCACUGAAUGCCUCCUCUUGGGUAUUAGUGUGUGUUGUUGCAUUCGCAGAACUAACUUCCUCUUUUUUUUUUUUUUUUUAACCUGUUUGUUUUUUUUAAUUGAGACAAAGUGGAAGCUUCUCCUGUUUCAGAUGAAACACAACCGUAAGUGAACGUUCUCUUCAUCAUUUACUGUUGAGCAGUAAGAGCAGGUUGCACAGCUUGUUAGAAUAGCUAUUUUAGUGACAUGGUUAUGAUAUUAUGUGCUUUCUUUCCCCUCCCUCUCCCUGCCAGAUAUGGCUUACCCUUUCUAUAUAAGGCGCUGUGUGGGUUUUUUUUGUUUUGUUUUGGGAACGUGUGGAGAAGAAGCAAAAUGAAGUGAAAAUGCAAGCCAAGGUAGAACAGCCUUACUUUAGGGGGUAGCCUUACAACAGAGCUUUAUAGUGAGUGUGCUGUAUUCCAAAAUAUGUAAGCCAAAAACAAAAAAAGCAUUCAUUUAUGCAAAAAAAAAUUUUAAAAAGAGGUGUUGGAAGACUUCUUUAAUAUGUACCUUCUAAAGGUAGAGUAAGGUCUCACCAAGUGAUACGUUAUUGUGAUACUUCUUGCUGGGUCAGUAGGGAUGGGUUGGGGUCUAAGCGCUUAACGUUUUCCUCCUUCUAUGUUUUUACAAGCAGUAAGUUAAAUGUGGUAUUUAUGAAUGUGCCUUUGUGAGUAUAGUGACUGUCUAAUUGAGGAGACCACUGGGCUGGAGGGGAGACAAUGGUCAAUUUAUUCUUUCAAGAGGUCAGACGUGGAGAUUGCAGCCCACUGGUCCCUUUUGACAAGCAGCAUCUUUGGGCUGGUCUCUACACUGCACAAUACGUAUUCAUAUGUGGUAGAGAUCGGGGUGGGGGGGUGCGAAGGGAUGUCGUGAUGCACAGAAGCUGUUGAUAGUUUUAGGCUAGUCUGCCGUUGCAGGUUGAGUUUGUAUAUGUAUUAUGUGGCUUCUUUAUGUUUGUGUGCAUGAGUGUGAGUGCGUGUGGCUUUAUUUUUUGUAAGCACUGGAGAAUUGAAACACAGUGAUGUUUGAGACAAAUUUAUACAUGUAGAGAAGAUGAUGUUUUGUAGCUUCUGUUAAAUAGUGGGUGCAGGCACACUUUUACCCUCUCUGUCCGUGUCCUGAUAAGAGAAACAGGAAAAUUUAUUUUUUUUUCAACCCUUCAACUUCCAGCACACUUAACGUUGCCAUUUAAAUGAACAGGGUAUUACACAAGAAGAAAAAAAAGAGUUUUUGAAAUGGUGAGGUAGAAGUGUUUAAAAGGAAAAAAAAUCUGAAGUAAUUUUUUGUUUCUUCGAAGCUGUUUGUAGCUAAACAUGGGAAUCUGCAGUGUCUCCUUCCAUUUGUUUUUUUUUCUAAUAAUUCACCUCUUCGUCCCACCCAAAACAUGAGGUGUACAAGAUCAAGAGCUGUCGCUGUAGCCCUUCGUAAUUCCCACCCUGAAAAGAAACUCAAGUGGGAUCCCUCAGCUCUAUUCAGGAAGACAAAGAGAGGAGAGACUCUGCAGUUUUCUUUGCUUCGCUCUCAUUCCUCUCUAAUGGCCUUGAAAUGUAUUAUUAUGCAAAUGUGAAUUUUGAUACUGAACUUAAGAAGAGGUUGUUUGUUCUUUUUUCAAAAAAAAGGUCCCAUAUGUGGUCAGCAUUGCUUCUUUAUUUUGUAAGUGAAUUGUAAACUAUGCAUUCUGCAAAGGGGGUGUAGGGGACAAAGAUAGCUUUGCUAAACUGUUUAGGAGUUUCUGUGUCCAUGGUAUAUCCAUUAUCUUUUGGGGAAGUAGGGAGGUGAUGACUUAGAAAUAAAAAGGAGUUGAUAAGAACCUCUCUUUUUCAGCAGUUGGCCAAUAGGUAACUGGGCAGAGAUUUGGAAAACCAGUGUUGACCGCAAAACUGAAUCGGCUCUAAACCUUGCGCAGGAUUGUGAAUUCUAGCCGUGCAGUGUUAACCCAGGGCCAAUAGGGUGAGUGGGACGCCAGCUCUACCUGGGAAAUGAUCUACCACCUCCUGUGUUCUGGCCCGUGUCAAGCUCAGGAAACGCAGUGCCACAGGCGCUGUCUUUUUUGGAUAUACUCCUUGUUUUCCAUUACAGCAGUCCUUGCGCUCUUCCAGGAGAACUGGAACACAGCUGGUCCUUGAUGUCUACACUUUCUUCUCCCUAGAAUUUUCUUUGCUGCUGUUUCUGGCACAGCUCAUACAGUGACAGCAGAGCUAUGGACAAGAUGGUGGAAGUGGUACUUAACUUUCUAGUGCUGAUCAAAGCACGGCUAUGAGGACUGCGUUUUUUCAACAUCAGCAGCUACCAGUGCUUUGUUGUCUGGUGUUACUGCCAGUGACUUAGCAUUAACGUUGGCAGUGUGCAAAAUUUUAGGGAAUGUAGACUGAUGUGUAGACAGGGCCCUCUUUAAAAGAAAUUAUCCUUUUUUUACUAUAAGGUGGUAUCAUAAUGGUCAUAAAAAAGGAUUCACUUCCUCACAUCUCUAAAACGCAGUCAUUGUGAAUUAUGUGUGUUCCUUGAAGCUUGCUGAGCUUCCAGGAGCAGUCUCCUCAGAAAAACAUAGAUCUCACUGCCCUCUUCGUCAUCUUAAUAGGGACCCUUUGACUUGACUUUUUCCUUUGUCCAUGGUGUACCAUGGUACCUGCAUUAUCCUUGGCAUUAUCUUAGAUGUAAUAUCAUAAACUGAGAGAUUAUCCUGCCUGUAUUCAGUGUUUUCAUGCAGCAAUUUUAUUUUUGUUGACGUUCACAGUACUGUAAUAAGUAAUAGACUUGAUCACUCUCACAUCUGUGCCUGCCUUGCAGAUGUGAUCUUAUCAGGGUUCCACUCUGUCAGAUUGCCUUUAAAAAAAAAGGAGAGGAAAAAAAAAAAAGAAAAAUCUGAAGUUUAAACUUGCUCACAAAAAUACCUCGUGGUACAUUUCCCCUUCUGAUGUAACCUUUUAAAUCUUACCUUUUCUUCUGAACUUAAUGGGCUUUUAUUUCCAUCUCUUACCUCCUUUGUAAAAAGAUGUUUGAACUAGUGGUUUUGAGCACAGGACCAGAAGCCUGGAACUCCUGAAUUUUUACGUUGGCCCUUACUCUUCCCUUGCCUUGGGCAAGUCAUUUAACUUUCUUUGCCUUUGUUUUUUUUUCAUCUGUAAAGCGGGGGGGUGAUAAUAAUACUUACCUACCUCACAGGGGUUUUGUGAGGAUCAACUAGUAAAUGUUUGUAAAGUGCUUUAAAGAUAAAAAGCAUGAUAGAAGUAUUAUGAGGUUAUUGCAGCAAGAUCACUUAUUCUUUUUACCUUGUUUGCUUGUGUGGAGGGAGAUAACUUUUUUUUUUUUUAAUGAUUAAAGCCAUCAGACACUCAGAUCCUAAAUAACAGAAGUUGAUGGAGAUUCAGUUACUCAUACUCUUCCUCUGUCUUUAUGCCAGUUUCCUUCUGCUCUUCCUUACAUAGAUAUGCCAGUGUUGCUGCAGGUUGCAUGUCUCUAGUUGUACUUUUAGAUAAGCUUCAGACUUGAUUGAAGUACUUUGAGCUUGCUGCUUCUUUCACCAGAUCACCAAAUCGGAAUCAGUUUGUGUACUUUUCCCUGCCUUUAAAUAGCAUUUUUGGUAAUGUCAUCCUUCAAGUGGACUCGUCUUUUCCUGCCAUCAGGAAGGGGAGGCGGUGCUGUGUACUUCCAGAGAGGGGACUGUCAUAUGAAGAACCUUGCCACUUUAUGCUGCUGCUCCAGGGAUGAAGGGCAGAGUAGCUUUCUGUUUCCUUCCCUGAAUUAAUUUCAGUGUGUUACCAGUCACACUUCAAAUGCAGUGUCUCUUCUUGUCCACGAUACACAGAAGCCAUCACCUGCCGAUAAAACAUAGGAACAGAGGGAACGAUAGUAGAUGCUGCUUGUGUACAUGCCUUACAGCCCCCCCAGAAUGUCUCUGGGAGGGUGGUGGGGGAAGAGGUCUUCGUUGGGUAAGUCCCACGGCUGUCAGGGAACCUCUGCUACUUUCUCCCCUCUCCAGUCACAUGGCCGCUGUUCCUUCUUGGAUGUGCGUCUCAGGGAUGUGCGUAUGAGCCCAUGCCUUUUGGAAUUUGGCCUUUGAACUAUCAAGAAUAUGGUUUCUGUACCUGAAACCUUCCUAUUUGACACUCCCUGGUCCUCUCUGUCCUGCAUUGCUCCCCGUGGCCUUAGGAACAUCUCUCCCCGGUUGCCGUAUGCCACUCUCCAUCUCUGCCAGUACUCGAGGUGAAGCGUGUACAGUGAUUCUGCAGAGAAAGAAGCUGAAAUGAUGCAUGUGCACCCAUAGGAUGUGCACACGUACGUAUCUUGGAUUUCUGCCGCAUCCUGUCCGAAACAUGCGGAAUAUCUGAUGCACAGUGCUUUUUCUUUCUCAUCUAGAAAGCAGAACAAACAGCAGUAUGACUCUGCUGAUGGUAAUUCCAUGAAGUUUACUUUGAAUUAAAUGCUAAGUGUUUUCCCUAAAGAACCAAAAAAAACCCCACCUUCUAACAAAAGUAACCAAAUGUAAUCUUUCUGGGGAGGGAGGGAAGGGGGAGGAGGAAAAGCAGUGACGGGGGAGCGUUCUGAUCUAUUUUAAUCUCCACCGCUCGGAUGGAGGUAACGAAAUGCUGCUUCGAGUUCCACAAACAUAAGGGAUUAUGUUUACAAAGGUAAAUGCCUUCUACCUGUUCAGGAAACUGGCUAAUGGUGGGCAUCAGAUGUUUGGCGAGUUUCUCUUCAUUGCGAGCAAGUAAUGGGAGAAGGGUGUGUCUGGAAGAGGAAUGGAGAAAUAGAUUCAUUUCAUCUAGUCUUCUUGUUAAAAUAAUGCCGCCUCCCUCUCUCCUUACCAAACGGAGGGAGGAGGUUGCAGAACAGAAAAUCAGUGAUGUCCAAAAUGGCUGGAUUAGAAAAGGCAGCUUUUCUACUUUGCACAUAAAUAGGUAACAGGAAGGUACAGCUAAAGUCCUCUUGCCUGAAACACUGUCCCCCAGAAGCAGACAUUGUAAUAAUAAAAACAGUGGCUGUGUGUAUAUUGAUGCUAUUUGCAAGUUACCUAUAAGUGUUUUGGUUUUUUUUUUUUUUCUUAUACUUGAAAUGGCUUCCUUCACUAAACUCUUACCGUAGCUCUGGUUUCUCCCCUCCUUCUCUAGUGUGCAGUAAAGAAAGAUACAGGACAAACGGGGGGAGUGUAGAGGAGAUGACACAAUGUCUUGCAUACCUGGGUUUCAUCUUCAUUUCCAUCCCGUACGCUCGCAGGCGUUUGAACUUCCUAAGGGUUUUCCAUGGACACAGAAACUCGGCACUUUAGAAGGUGCUCUCAUAUGGCUGGCUGUGCCCCCCUUCUCCUCCUUUUCUAUAUUUUUAUUUUACUUUUAGUAUAGUGGUACUUAAAAUCACUGGUUCACUUAAAAAGAAAAAAAAAACCAACAAUAAAAUGUUUAAACUCUACUAAUGUACAAAUAAGCUGAAAUGUUGCAUUUUAUGUGUAUUUUUGCCAUAGCAGGUACUGUAUUUCUCAUGCUGGAUUUAGAGAAAAAAAAGGAAAAAGAAAAAAAAAAAAGAAAAACACAAGGGUGAUGUUUUAUUG